AAUGAUUAUGCACGAUGAGGCUUAUUACCGAAGUCGAGUUCCUAUAAAAGACCUUGGCCCAUGGAAAAACUUUUUGCGAUUCAUCUGGGACGGCGAGAGAAGAGCGUUUCUCGAUCGUACAGCGAAGGAUUGGAGUGUCUUGGGACUUUUUUACUUGUGCUUUUUUGGAGUUCUUUUCUCCCUUUUCGCCUUGCAAAUGUGGGUUGCCCUCGGUUUUGUAGGAUACCUCGAGAAACCUUACAUGCAACGUAACGCUAAAACUGUUGGCAGUUUUUCGCAUGGAAGCAGAGGCAGAUCGUUCGUGCAAUCUUCUGUUAUUGUUUUCGACAAUCCUGGUCUAGGUUUCAUCCCCAAUGUUUUUUCUCCCUCCACUUCCCCCAUUAUUUGGGUCGGUAACACGAACGGAAGAUCAAAGCCGGAACCGUACAUUGGAGCCAUUAGGAAAUUUCUUGAUGGAUACAAGAGAAACGAAUCGGAAUACGACAUGGAUUGUUCGGAAGGAAUAUUCCGAUCAGAAUUCACGAGACCAUGUUUUUUCAACACCGAUCUGCUCGGCCCUUGUUCACUCCCUCCUUACGGAUAUCGUUCCCCAUACCAGCCUUGUGUCCUCCUAAAAUUCAACAAAAGAUUCGAUUGGGUACCAAUUUACUAUGAUCAGACGUCAGAGCUACCGGAAAUGAUGCCGUACAACCUGCGCCAAACAAUCAGGGCAUCUCAAGAGUCCAGAGUAUGGUUGUCAUGUGCCGGUGCUUCGAACGUCGACAAAGAGCACUUGGGUCAAAUCGAGUAUUAUCCAGCUCCUGGAUUCGCCGUGGAAUUCUUUCCAUUCAUGGGACACCCGGAAUAUUUGGCUCCUCUCGUUGGUCUCGUUUUCAAAAAUCUCACCGCUGAUAUACUUGUAACAGUGGAAUGUUCCCUUUGGGCCCAAAAUAUCAGACAGGAUCGUCGCUAUUGCUUGGAUUUUCAGAUCAUGAUUGGAAAAUAAAUUAUGCGAUCCAAUGAAAAGAUGAAAGAAUUCCUGAUGCCUACCAUUAUACAAGAAGAACCCCUUUAAUUCCUUGCAUCGUAUUUUUUUCGUCUUCUGGACGAAGAAUUGAGGCUCAAUAAUAAUGCGUUAUCAGCGCGAGCAGAUUAGAUUAUCUUUGUACAAAGAUUUUCUGAUAAUAUGAACAUCGCAUACGCACGUGUUAUAAAUUAAUUUAAUUAUUCCAUCACGAUUUGUAUUUGAAUUUUAACAAAUGGCUUGUAUUUCAACGAAUAACAAGCAUCUGAAGAUAAUACACAAUAUUUGGAUUCUUUAUUUGUGAUCUACGUAGGCCUUAUUUCUACAUGCGUCAUGACGAUUUUUUCCAAAAAAAAAAAAAAAUCAAAAUGUUCAUAAUGCUUGUUUAAUUUUUGAAAACAUCGACAAUAUUAUGGAUUUUGAUUGAUUACACGAAGCACUGCAAAAUUCGAUGGUUUAGAAAUUUUUUUGCUGGUGAUUUUUGAACAUUAUGUGUUUCGAAUACUCGCGUAAUAAGCGAUACUCUUGAUUUUAAAUAAAACGAAAUCGUUUUGACGAUUCGUCACUGCAAUGAAAAAAAAAGCAUGAAACUCGAAAUUUUACCGAAUUUUUUCAGUCGACUAGCUCAGGCGCGCGCUACGCAAGCAUUCUAGAUAAGUCAUUGAUUGCAUCCAACUGCUUGUACAUCAAAUAAGCUUUAGAAUGGAACGUAAGAUUAUGAUUGUAUGAGGGAACCAUUAGAAACAAUUUUAUAAUGAAUACAUACCAUGAAAAUUAGAAUUCAUAUGUGGUUGUUUUAAUAUUGAAAAACCAUUUUAUUAUGAUGACUAAAUGUUGGUUUUUUCUUACGUGCCUGUCAUUUCCGAAUAAGCGUAUGGAAUUUUAUAGGUUAUAACGAUCACACAUUUUCCAAAAUAUGUCUAUGUUUAAGGUAGAAGUCGCGCGACAAUCAAUAUUAGACGAACUCGUGAUUUUUAAAUUAUAUAAU